AUGUCAACGCCAACACCGGCAGGCAGCUCGACAGCGGGCAUGGGUCUUACCACCCCAUCGCCGCUCGCCAUGCUCUCCAACACCACACCGCGUGGCUCCUCCAUCGGCCUCUCCUCCCUCCAGGCCCUCCCUGAAACGCAGCUCGUGCUUGUGCUGCUCGACCACCCCACCAUCCGCCGCAGGUGGCGCUCCACUGUCGUACCGCUCGUCGAGUCGAUAUCCAAAAAGCUCAACACCGUCUAUUCCGGCUCGCGCCUCACCAUCGGCUGUGUCGUAUACCGUCCUACCGCCGACAAGUCGCUGCUGAGACCGGCAUCGACGCUGAGCCGCACGAAGCUCCAACCGGGGUCCAAGCUCAUUGCGUCCAACAUGCUGACGCCCGAGUCGUGGCUCGGUCCUGACUCCGAGGGCUCACCUGGCGAUGCCGAGGCUUCCUCUUCGACCUUCGCUCUGAUCGAUGGAAAGACGACCGUCAAGCCGACCGCACACGUCCUCGAAGCGUUCGUCGCGGCGCUCGAGCUGCUCCAACCCAGCGGGAAUGGCGUGCACAACACUCUGGCGCCGAAGAAGCCACCUGUGCUGGCAAGACAUCUGCUGCACGUCUCCCUCGACUCAUCCGAUGUGACCCUCGACCUCUCGUCGCCGCCAUUUCUCAACCUCGAUGCGGCUAACGAUCGGGUGACCGCUUCCACGGUGGGCAGCAAGCUCGCUCGACUUGGUACGUCCAUCACGAGCUGUGCGAUGAAGCCGGAUCCGAGCAAUGCAGCUACGUCAACCUCGAGAGAGGCGCUGACCGCCAUUGUCGGGCUGCACAAGAACGUGGCGGAACCCAACAAGCUCGCCAACGAAGAUCUCGCUGCGCUGCUGCCGGAGACCGUGCGAGCAAAGAUCUUUCACGAGGCCAACAUUGUCUCGAGCGGUCUUACGCCAGGGAACCAUCCCAAGGCGGUCAUUGCGGGUGCUGCAUCGCCGGCAAGCGGCUCGACCAAGAGAGCGAGAGAGGAAGACAUCGAAGCUGCUUCGACCCCCACGAAGCGAUCCAAAUCGGGCAGCAUCUCGCAAGCUCAACCUCCCACCACCGCUGCUGCUGCGUCGUCUUCCACCGCACCACCACCCGAGUUGCCACGCAACAUCAAACUCGAUCCCAACGUCAGCACCAAGAUCCUCUUCCUGCGGUCGCAACAGGAGACCAUGAUCAAGAACUGGGCGGCUGCCUACUCGAUGGUGGCCAAAGCCGAGGCGGCGGGUGAACCUGCCAAGGCGCCGGGGAUGAACAAGGCGUACCUCGAACAGCUGAAAGCGCAGCUGAUGACGCAGCAGCAGGCGUUGAAGUUGCUCGUGCAGCGCAUUGUCAGCGGUGCGGAGACGGCGCCCAACUUCAACGUGAGCUUGCAGAGUCUGAUCAACAUUGAUAAGGAGGCGCGCGAGAUGGGGGUCAAUCUCGGUGGGCCGAGUGGCGGUGCUGCGAGGCCGGGUCGGAGUGGGAGUCUGACGGGUAGUCAACCGCCUGCUCUACCCUUGCAGUCGGCUCCCAAACCCGACCCAACUCCAUCUGUCGACAACACCACCACUGCAGCACCAUCAUCGCCAACGCGCCCGAAACCUUUCUGGCGCGGUGCCCUCACCUGGUCCGUCAUCUCCGACCCGACAACAAAACAGAAGCGCGACGUAGCCACGCUGGUCUCCGCCACCUCGAACACCGCUGCGCUCGACCGUCUCCUCCUGCCUUGGCCGGACAAGCUCCAGAUCACCGCCAUCACCCAGCUGAACCCGCGCAACCUCCAGGCAUACGCCCAAUCCCAGAAUGCACCGUACAUCCUCUUCUCCACCCAAGACGCUUCGUCCUCGUCGGAAGGCGGGCCGGUGCUGACCCCGGCUACGGCCGAGAAGAACAAACAGAUGUACGCGAGCCUGGCGAGCAGUUUGGAUGCCAAGAAGAGCUGUGCGUUUGUGCGACAUGGUGGGAACGCAGGGGCCGGGCUGGUGCUUUUUGCGACGAAUCAGGCGACGAGCAGUGCGGAGAGGAAGGGGACGGUGGCGGGCGGUGGGGUGAAGCUGAUUGGGGUGGUGUUGAAGGACUCGAUUCCGUUCAGUCGGUUGUUGAGCGUGCAGAAUGGGGCACAGCCGCAACAGCAGCCGGGGAAGACGGAGGAGAGUGGGAGAUCGAGGGGCGCAAGUGCGAGUGGGAGCGCGUUGCAAGAGGCGAGUCAGACGCAGGCUGCACCAGCUACGGCUCAGCCGAACGCACAGCAGAGUACGGGCAUGGGGCUGGGUUCGUCCAUGCCGUUCAACCUGAGCGCGCUCAAUGCUGCGGGUAACGUGCCUGUCGCCAGUCUCAAUACAGGGUUGGGAGCAGGGAUGAACCUCGGCUCGCUCGCGGUGAACAACGGCAACACCUCCCAGCCUCAAGCGCAACCACCGCCGGCGGCAGGAGUCGAUAUGUCGAGCCUGGGCAACCUCGGCAACCUGGCGAACUUCAACAUGGCCAACUUUGGUCAGCAGCAGCCGGAUUUUGGCGGGAACAACAUGAGCGCUCCGAUGGGUCAGCCGAACCUCGCUGCGUUGGCCCAGCUGUUGGGCAUCGGUGGUCAGAAUGCCCAGCAACAGCAGGGACAGCCGCAGCAGCAAUCGUUCGGACAGGCCAUGCCGCAGAUGUUUGGACAGAUGCCGAUGCAACAACAGCAGCAGCAACAGGGACAGGGACAGGGGCAGAUGUUUGGUGCGUUCAAUCCAACCGCUCAGCCGCAACAACAGCAGCCGCAGGGCGCGGCAGGCGCAAGUGGAGAUGGCGGAGGCGGUGGAGGUGCGAUGGACUUCUCCAAGCCCAUGACGAUGGAUCAGCUGCGUGCGCUCGGGUUCUUAUCGUAA